CGACCGUGGGUGAUGACCUCAGGAACGUGAAAAAAUAUUUUCAGCUAACGAAAUUGCCAUACAGUAUAUAUACCUCGUACCUCGCGUGUACCUAUAGAGUUCAGAUUGUGUUCAUGGUUCGGGCAAAGUGGUUUGGCGAAUUCCGAUGUGAAAGUGAACAAUAUUAAAUUUGAAUUGAUUUUCAUUACAAAACCAUAGAUAUCCGAUAGACACACAGUGCGUUUACCCAAAAAAAAAGCAAAAAUCAUCUCUACAAAAAUCGUACAGUGAAAAUUUAUCCAGAGAAUGUAAAUGUCAGGAACAAGUUCGCAGUGUUUGGCGGUCCUUUGAUUUAUUGCUUAUUAUCAUUUUAAAGCAUCCAAAACUAGUUCCCCGUAGUACGAACAAAUAAAAUUUUCCCGGUUAACAAAAUGAACUUUACCGAACAUAACUCCGCUGCCGAUGAGAUGUUCAAUGGUACCACUGCCGCCAUAAUAGACACUCAAAUUGAGGACCUUGUUUCGGUUAUAGUGCCGGUAUUUUUUGGACUUAUUGCCAUCACAGGAUUCUUGGGCAAUAGUUUGGUGAUAUUUGUUGUUUUGGCCAAUCCACAAAUGCGGUCUACCACGAAUUUGCUAAUUAUGAAUUUGGCGGUGGCGGAUCUAUUGUUUGUGAUAUUUUGCAUACCAUUUACUGCUGCCGAUUAUAUGUUUUACAUUUGGCCAUUUGGUGAACCUUGGUGUUGUUUUGUUCAGUAUAUGAUUGUGGCAACUGUAUUGGUUAGUAUUUAUACGUUGGUGUUGAUGUCGGUUGAUCGAUUUUUAGCUGUAGUUCAUCCGAUAUGGUCGAGAGCCAUACGUACGGAAAGUACAACAAAAGUUGCUAUUUUUACAGUUUGGACAGUGAUAGUUGUGGCUUCGGUGCCGGUAUUUUUUGCGCACGGAUUAGAGGAACUUCCGGAUGUGCAUCAUCGAUGGCUGCUAUGUCGAUUUGAUAUGGAGAACGAUUUUAUCUCAUGGUCGACAUAUCACAUAACAUUUAUGAUUGCCUCGUAUUUUCUGCCAUUGAUAAUAAUUAGCGGUCUCUACAUCCGGAUGAUAACGAGCCUCUGGCAGCAGGGUGCCGGUGUUAAGAUGUCCGAGGAAUCGCAGCGGGGCCGGAAACGUGUUACCCGGUUGGUAGUUGUCGUGGUGAUUGCAUUUGCAUCGCUAUGGUUUCCAAUACAGAUAAUUAUGGUUCUGAAGAGUUUGGAUUUGUAUCAAGCCACUUCCACCUGGACGGUUGUUGUGCAAAUAAUCUCACAUUUACUGGCGUACACGAGCUCUUGUAUUAAUCCAGUGCUGUACGCUUUUCUGUCGGAAAAUUUCCGUAAAGCUUUUCACAAGGCUGUCAACUGUUCGCCUAGAUAUCAAAGUUGUAAUUCACAUUUACCACCACCAAGAAGAACAUCAAAUGCUAGAACUUCGACUACAAGCAUGUGAAGGGAAAAACACUUCAACUACAAUUUGUUUUUAUUUCUUUGUAAAUAAUAAGUUUUUCGAAAGUAUUUUUAUAAAAAAAAAAUAUAAAUUUAUUUCAAUGUUAAUGAAUAAUUGUUGUUUUGUAAUAUGUCCACAAAUAGAAUAAUUUUAAGCCUUGUUUACCCUACAAAAAAUUAUUGUUUUGAAAUUAAAUAUUAUUAAA